AUGGCAUCGCACGGACACACACCAGUCGAGACCAAUCAGCGGGUGUCUCUCUUGCGGCUUCAGAAGCUGAGCAAAAGGGGUGUCGGUAAUCCUCCACGGCGAACACUGUUUUUGUCGCAGAGCUGGGGCCGUCUGACGUGGGCGCCGUCCCCAUCGCUGGGCAAAUAUCUCCAGCAGUCUCGCCCCGAAGCUGAGUCUUACACACAGGCUACGAAGGCAUCAGCGCUGGUAAUACUACUGACUACGUACUCCGAGACACUUUGUUGGCGCUUGAUCCAGAUUGCGCUGCAGCCCGUGGCCCGGUUCAGCUGCUCAGACCCCCGGAAGCAGGCCAGCAAAGCAAGCGGUUGCAGGAGACCGUCCAAGUCAGCCACGCGCCAUUGUCAGAAAAGCAAAGUUCGUGCUGCUGUCGAAGGGAGACAUCUUGGCAUCUGCGGUACCCGCAUGCUUUGCUUUGUUUGCGGCCGGGCGCGAAUCUCAUCUCGACACCGUCGCGCCGGUCUUUUCGUUCCCGGCCCGCCACUUGAUCAUUGCGUGAUUAGACUCACGCGCACGACGGGACCAUGGCGGCCGCCGCCUUUAGUGCGGACUUGCAAACGCCAGCCAUCGAACCUUGCUCGCACCACACCGGCGGUGAUGCCACCCGGCCGGCGGCUUCAAACCUUGACAUCGGUGGCCAUUGGCGCCCGCAGGUGA